UCUGUGUCCAAUGUGGUGGAUGAACAGAAAGCAAAAGCAGUUAAGACAAAGAAGUUAUGGUGACAGUCUUCUCGUUAUGAAUACUCUGGGGAACUCUUGUUGGAGUUCGUCUUUGCAGUAAAAUGGUUAGCAAAGUCCCAGUUGUGCUCCUGGCCUGUGGUUCCUUCAACCCCAUCACUAAUAUACACUUGCGCAUAUUUGAGCUUGCCAGAGAUCAUCUUCAUCAAACAGGACUGUUCAAGGUUAUUAAAGGCAUCAUUUCUCCAGUUCACGAUAAAUAUGGGAAGAGAGGGCUAGUGAGAGGGGAUCACCGAAUUGCUAUGGUACAGCUUGCUGUACGCUCGUCAGACUGGAUCACUGAGGACGCCUGGGAGUGUGAACAAACUCACUGGUUGCAGACUGUGAAGGUCCUGAGGCACCAUCACAAUGCAUUACUUCAUCAGCAUCGAAUUAUGAACGGAACAGCUCCCGAAAACAGACAGUUCUUAAAAGAGGAACACUGUUCAGAUUCAUCCCAGUCUAUUUCAGUUCUGCCACAGCUAAAGUUGCUUUGUGGAGCAGACGUUUUGGGAACAUUUCACAUUCCGAACCUGUGGAAAGAUGAACAUAUUGAGGAAAUAGUUGGAAAAUUUGGCAUGGUUUGUAUUAGCCGUGAUGGAGCAGCCCCACGGAGAUUCAUUUAUGAAUCCGAUAUCCUCUUCAAACACAGACGUAAUAUCCACGUGGUGAGGGAGUGGGUGCAGAAUGAUAUAAGUGCCACUCAUAUCCGCCGAGCUUUGCGCAGGGGCCAGAGUGUGAAAUAUUUGGUCCCAGAUAAUGUUAUUGACUAUAUUAAAGAGCACAAUAUAUACACUGUGGAAAGUGAACAGCAGAAUAUAAAUGAGAUUUUACAGCCACUGAAAUCCCAAGACGACAUGAUAAGCCCACUAAAUGAUUAAUUGAAAUAAUGAUCAAAUUUUGCAGGAGUUUUCAUGUAUUGUAAUUCAAAGUUGCUUGAAAAUACAUGUUGUAAACAUAAUUACGGCUUGCAGGAUUUGUGUUUUUAGGCGAUAGAGAGAAGGAAUUUAGUGAGGUGGUUACCUGUUUUCUCUCUCUCUUUACUCUCUUUAUGUAUUAGUCAUGCAUGUGUUUAUCUUUGUCACUCCUGCUAUCAGAAUAUUGCAGAACUUUACAUUGAUUUAACGGGCAGGUGAUUUUGAUACUAACAUUUUAAUUUGAAUUCUAUUCAAGGUCUUUGGUCAAAGCACUCUUUUCUCAGAAGUGCAACUCCCAAACUGCCUUUGAAAAGUAUGUUAUCUUCAUUUGUCAGUGUUUCAUUUGUGCUCCCAUCAUUGGAUUUAAAACCAAAAACUAUCUGACUAAAAUUCUCUGGGGUUGGGAGGAAGAGGAUGGUUGGAAAGAGUUAAUACUGAAUCAGCUCCUAAUUAUAAUGGAAUUUUAGCAAAAUUAUUUUUUUCUUCAUUUGAACUGAAGGUUUCCAUUUGUAAAUGUAAAAUCCAUUAUAGUUCGAUGGGAAUAAUUAAAGGAGAUUUUUCAUGACUUAAUUCAGACGACUGGAGGGAAAGAUGGCAAUGGAGAAGAAAAUGCUGGAGUAAGCAAUUCUGAGUUGCUGCAGAUGUUAGGCUGUUAAGAAACACAUAAGCCAGUGAAUGAUGUUCCAUGUGAAGAGAGUUCAGAAGGGUAAGACUGGAAGAGAUAAAAUAACUUAAGAUGAAAGCUCACAGGCUGUUAUAUUCAGAAUCCUGGUAGCUUUGGAAGAACAUUUUUCUCCAGUAAUCCUGUCCACUAUUUACCGCAAAUUGCACUGAUUCAUCCCGUAGUUGUGGAGCAAUGUUAUUGAACUUUGUUGAACUUUAUUGAACUUAAUGAACUUUGCAAAGAAUUCUGUAAAGCAAAGGCCUUAUCCCAAGUUACAAUUAUAGUGCAAUGAAGCAAAUACACUACACGGACUAUAUAUAAUUCCCACUCCAAGGAUAAUGAAGCAUAAAAUAUGUCUUGAUUAUUUCAUCUAUACUAAUAAAACGACAAUGUCUGUGUGUGUGUCAGCCAAGCUCUCAAUAACCAGUUGGCGUAGAGACAUGAUUUAUACCUCAUCGGAAAGGUCUUCCAU